AUGGCAGACAUCAGAGUGCAGAACCUCAAGGCACCGCUCGACGUUGCGGAAUACUUGUUUCGUCGCCUGUAUGAAAUAGGCGUCCGCUCGGUGCAUGGCGUUCCGGGCGACUACAACUUGGUUGCCCUCGACUAUCUCCCAAAAGCUCACUUGAAAUGGGUCGGAAGUGUUAAUGAGCUAAAUGCCGCUUAUGCUGCUGAUGGCUACGCUCGUAUCAUGGCCAUUGGUGCUGUGGUCACAACGUUUGGUGUUGGUGAGCUUUCUGCCAUCAACGGCCUUGCCGGGGCGUUUUCCGAGCAUAUUCCUGUGGUCCAUAUCGUUGGUUGUCCCUCUACUCGCUCGCAGAAGCAGGGCAUGCUUCUCCAUCACACCCUAGGAAACGGAGACUACAAUGUCUUUGCAAACAUGAGCUCCAAUGUAUCCUGCAAUGUUGCAAAGCUCAACGACCCUCAGGAUAUUGCUGUCCAAAUUGACCAUGCUCUGCGUGAGUGUUUUGUUCAGUCGCGACCGGUGUACAUCAUGCUGCCAACCGACAUGGUUACUGCCAAGAUUGAGGGGCAGCGACUGGAAACGCCAAUUGAUCUUUCUGAUCCCUGCAACGAUCCAGAACAGGAGGCGUAUAUUGUUGACGUCAUUCUGCGAAAUCUCAACUCUGCAAAGUCUCCUGUGGUUCUCAUUGAUGCUUGCGCAAUUCGCCAUCGCGUCCUGGAUGAAGUCCAUAAGCUGCUCGCGAAAACGAAGCUCCCCGUCUUCGUCACGCCGAUGGGUAAGAGCGCGAUCAAUGAAGAUCACCCUAAUUACGGUGGCGUGUAUGCUGGCGAAGGCUCCCGGCCAUACAGUGUCAAGGAAGCAGUCGAGUCCUCCGAUUCGAUCCUGUCCAUCGGUGCUCUACAGAGUGAUUUCAAUACUGCGGGCUUCUCGUUUCGUACCUCUAAGCUCAAUAUGAUUGAUUUGCAUAGCGAUCACUGCAUUAUUCACUACUCAACAUACCCAGGUGCCCGGAUGAAGGGCGUUCUCCGCAGACUCAUUGAUACGCUGGACUCCAGUCAACUUUCUGUCAUCCAAGUCCCGGCCGUUACAAAUGAGGUCAAGGAGAAUGACGAUGGAAGUUCGACUAUCUUUCAAGCUUGGUUCUGGCCACGCGUGGGCGAAUUCUUCUCCAAGAACGAUAUUGUAGUUACGGAGACAGGCACUGCAAACUUUGGCAUUUGGAGCUCCAAGUUCCCAGCUGGAGUCACUGCUCUCAGUCAGGUUCUUUGGGGCAGUAUUGGGUGGUCUGUUGGUGCUGCUCAGGGAGCUUGUCUGGCAGCUAAGGAUAUGGGAGGCAAUCGUCGCACCAUUCUCUUCGUUGGAGAUGGAUCAUUCCAACUCACUGCUCAGGAGCUCAGUACCAUGAUCCGACACGGUUUAAAACCCAUCAUAUUCCUUCUGAAUAAUGAUGGUUACACGAUUGAAAGGUAUAUCCAUGGUAUGGAUGCGGAAUACAAUGAUAUUAACGGGUGGGACUAUACCGCUCUUGUUGAUGUCAUGGGAGGCUCAAAGACUUCUGCCAAACAUGUUGUCAGAACAAAGUCCGAGCUCAACAAACUUUUGACGGACUCAACUUUCAACUCGGCCGAUCGACUUCAAUUUGUAGAAGUGAUUAUGCCCAAAGAAGACGCGCCAUCAGCCCUGGUUACAACGGCGGAGGCCAGUGCGAAGACAAAUGCAGAACGAGACUAA